AUGCCUCCUUCGGAGAAGAUAGCAGUUCUGAUUCUCGGCGUUCUGGUGCUGGAAUCGCGCUGGAAUGUCCACCACAGCCCCUGCCUCGCCAGCGCGCUACAGAUCCAACAGGCGUUCGCCUCUCCAAACCAGACCAAUAACUUUGUGGUGGAUGAGGUGAGCAGAAAAGUCUACCUGGCUACGGUAAACACGGUGUAUCAGCUUAACGGGACCCUGAGCGUAGAAGUGGAGAAGAGAACGGGGCCGGUGGAGGACAACCUGUUGUGCCAUGCGCCGCAGCUGCCACAGGCGCCCUGCGAGCACCGCAAAUCCCUCACCGACAACUUCAACAAGCUGCUCGAGCUGGACCGGGAGCAGGGGGUGCUGGUGGUAUGCGGCUCGGUGUACCAGGGCUUCUGUGAGCUCAGGAAGAUGGAAAACAUCUCGGAGAUAGCCGUGGAAUUUCCCCCUCAUGGCGAGAAGACCGUGUUCCCCAGCAUGCUGAACAUCGCCGCCAACCACCCCAACGCCUCCACCGUGGGGCUCAUCUUCAGGAGCCACGGGGGUAACACCCGGCUCCUCGUCGGUGCCACUUACACCGGCGCCGGGACCCAGUUUUUCCCCAAGAACCACAGCAAGGAGGACCUGCGGUUCGAGAACACACCCGAAAUCGCCAUUCGGUCCCUGAACAUCAAUGAUUUAUCCAGGCUGUUCACCUAUGACAUCAACCCGUCCGAGGAUAACGUCUUCAAGAUAAAACAGGAGGUGAAGCAGAAAAAUAAACUAAACUUCGUUCAUGCCUUCAUUCAGAAGAGCUACGCUUAUAUUGCUAUCAACAAUGACGCGAAUAUGGGCCACAAGCAGAGCCCGCCGAACAGCAUCCUGGCCAGGAUAUGCCUUGACACUGAGAACCCCCGAAAAUCCACCUCGGAAAGCCGAAAGCUCACUGAGUCCUUCAUCCAGAUGCCGCUCCAGUGUGGAUAUAACGGAAACAUCUACAACCGGCUCGUCUCUGUUCACCCAGCGGAGAUCCACUCGGGGACCGGAGAGGUGCUGGAGUCGCACCUCUUCGGAGUGUUCACCAAAUCAGACAGAAAGUCUGCCUUGUGUGUGUUUCGGUUCUCAGACAUCGAGGAGGAGAUCCGCCAGGGCCGGAGGAACUGCUCCAACUCCCCCAGCAGCGAUGUGCAGGUGCUGGACAGCGUCAUCCAGGGCUCGGGCGCAGCGUGCGUACACAAAGGGAACCUGGUGGUAAGUGAAGCAUGAAAACUAUAAUUUCAUUUUGUUUUACACUUCAGUGAGAUCUGUAUGCUUGUUCAUAAUUGUGAGACUUGGUUGGAACUAAUAAUGUUUUGUAUUAUUUGAUUUAGCCUAGAUAAAGUUAGGAGUCACAAUUACGCAUGGAACGCGCAAUACGGCACUGUUCGUUUCCCUAGUCAUAAAAACAUCCUGUUACAUGCGGGUUUAUUGGAUUUGCUACUAUAAAUAAAUAAUUCCGCAAAUAUGUUGCUUUUGGCAACUUGGUAUGACAGUUUCAAUAAUGAAUCACCCCAUAUCAUUUCUGGGGGGAAGGCUCCCAUGUCACGAGCGCAGCCCAGGGCCGUGAAUGUGUGAAGGAUCUUCCUAAGCACGCGAAGGUUAUGGGAACCGUGCGGGGUACUUGUGUGAAAGUCUCAUCCGCGCCAGCUCAUUCAAGCUUAGGCCUAUAGCCUAUUGCAUGUUGGAGAGGAAGAAUGGACUUAUGUUAUUUUUUUGUUUUUUUUAAAGAAAACAUUCGUUUGCCAUCGAUUCACAACACAUUAAAUUAAAUCAAAUGUAGGCUAACUUUUGAAAAAAUUCCCCUGGGCAAAUUGAUUACUUCACUACGAAAAAUAUAGUAGGCCUCUUUAUUUUAUGAGAAGCAGUGUUAAAUAAUCUAGGUUAAUCAGUGUUGGAUCUUGUUGUGUCAAAUAACAUAACACAUUCUGUCAGAUUCUUUUUAAAGAAGUAAAAAACAGAUUUUACACAUGUAAUUGAAGAAGAAAAGUGUAUUCUUAUUACUUUAUAGAUCAUAUCUAUAAAUGCUGUUACUUUGACACUAUAAAGCCCCACUCCUUAUUAUUUAGGCUAAAGGGGCCCUAUUAAAGGAAGUGUCUCAUAACAUGAAGUCUUUAUGCCGUUAGCGGCAUCUGAGGAAUGUGAAAUUCCAUAUUUUCAUUGUGGUGAGAUUGACAGAUCGCUAGUCGUGACAAACAGUCUGUCUCCAGACCACUGUGUUGACAGUCAGGUCGUAAAGAUGUGGGGCUCUCCCAUGAGCGGUGUUGUGUCGUGCUGGCCUACCCUGUAGCCUCCGGUAACCAGAUUAGAAAUCCCGACCGACUCUCGGUUUCAGCCCGUGUUUCCCUGAGGCUUGCGAGUCUGCAACUUGAAGUGGUUGUGUUUUUCGUGAAGAAGGUCAGCAUUGCCAUGAAGAAAAAAGGGUUUUCUCGGUUUUGCUUUUAGUUUGCUGUGACCAGGGAAAUCUGAUCUUUUUGUGGCGUUUCUGAGGGCCCUCCAUUGAAGGAAAGCCAAAGACACAAUUUAUGAAAAGCACAGAGGUCGAAAGUGGAGCGGCUCGUGGGAAAGAUCUCUCUCUCUGUUGAUUUCUACUUCACGAGUUCGUAUUCGAGUCCUUACUGCUACUUUGACCUCCAAAAGACCCUGGACAUUCCGUAGUGGAAGUCAUCCAAGCAUUUGAAUCGAAUGGAAUGAAUGUUAUGAUAUAUACUCAAAUUGUCAUUUUCACAUGCUAAAUGUUGACCUAUAGCCAACAUGCCUCAACAUUUAGAGGGAAAAUUGGCAAUUCUCAAGAAGACAUAGCUUUUUAGCUUUUGGUAGUGUUCUAAUUACAUAAUUAUUACAGAUUAGCCUAUAAAAACAGAAGUGUCCAAUAAUGGUGUUGCACUGUUUUGGGGAUAUUUUUCUUUCCAUUGAUAUUUUUCUGCCUGCCGAUAUGUGUGCCUGCCUGUCUCUCUUCCUGUAAAUUGAGAUACUUUCUCUCUGUCUGUCAGCUGCAACCGGAGCAGCUAGACUGUGGAGCUGCCCACCUGCAGCACCCGCUGGCCCUACGGAGGCCCCUGAGGGCCAAGCCCCUGUUUGAGUCCCUGGGCCUCAGCUCGGUUGCUGUGGACGACAUACACAACCAUACCGUGGUGUUUCUGGGCACCAGCACCGGACGACUGCGCAAGGUCAGAGGAGAUGGUUUACUGACAUAAUAAAUCUCUCAGGAAUAUCCACAUUUAUAAAAGAGAGAGAACAGUGUUUUAUUUGUUAUCAUUUUUGUCUUGUAAAGGAAAAAAUAUACAGCUGCUAGGCCUACUACCUCACAGUCCAACUAUGCUGCAGGAAUUUAAGAACAAACUGAAUGUGCCAGAGAUAUUCAGCCAUUCUUUUAUUCAGGGAUGUAUGACAUUUAUUGAAAAUAAGUUAAAGUGUCAGGUGUAAAUUACUAUAGAGCUGGAACAGCAGGGAAAGGGGAUAAAAAAAAAAAGUAAAGGGGUCAUUCCACUUAUUAUGUGUCUUUUGAGUAAUGUAACUAAACAUUUUAAUUUCACUUAAUUUUAACAUUCUGUCAUAAAGAGCACGUUCAACGUAAUAAAAAGUAUGUUUUCCCAUUUCAAGAGGUUCAAUACAAAAAUGACUAUAGUAAGUGCCCAUUUAGUGCCAAAUAAAGUAACAUGGUUGACCAUAACAGGGUUGACGACUUGAUUUUAAAUCAUCCAUAAUCAUCCUCCAAUUUUGAAAUUGUUAAAACAUUUCUAGCCUUUCUAUCUAUGGGUAACAGGGUUGACAUGUUAUGCUCGAGCCGCUCAGUUUUCCACCACAAAACACCUGAAAAUUGCCAAAAAGAGUAGAACCAGUUCACCUGCUUUUACACUAUGAUUUGACUAUUAGAUGAAAAAAAUAUUUUAAAAGGAAUAGUUUCACCAUAUUAAAACGAGAGUUCAGUUCAGGUAACAGGGUUGACCUUAAAAUGAGGGCUGUUUUUUUUUAUAUAUACCUUAAAAUGAAUCACUUAUCACAUUAAAUAAAUAAUAAUCUUCAGAAAUGACUUUGUGAAAGCAACAAAAUAACUAGGGCUUUACAAUGAUGGUGAACACCUGGAUAAAUGUUGGGGUUAAGUGAGUUAAAAUCAUCCUCGAAGUCAAAGAGGAUGCACAAAGGGACAUGUCAAAAUGCAGGAUUUUGGCACUUUAGCAAGUCUUUAUUCAUAUAAAAAAACGGAUUUAUUGAAUUUUCCAUGUGAUCUAUAAAAUGCACUUAAUUUAAUAUAACAGGCUUUUAAAAUUCUAUGUUUGUGCUCAAUUUAUACUUACAAUAUGAAAGUAGAUAUGGCAAAAGGCACUAAUUUUGUGGAAUGUCCCAAAGAAUAAAGAUGAGACAUUGUUAAAAUCAGAAAAUAACUGAGAAGUAGGUCUAAGAGGUUCUGACAUUCGUUGUACAGCUAAAAUGCAAGGCACAGUAAUAAAGAAAGUUCCCGUACGACAUGACUGACUGUCAGUGUUGGGGAGUAGUGAACUACAUGUAGUUCAACUAGUAAUUAACUACAUUUUGCAGUAGCUUGUUGUUAAUCAUUAUUUUGCCGUGUAGCUAACUACUGGAACUACACCCUAUUUAUUUAGCAAAAAUAAAAUAUUGGUGAUGUAGGCAAUAAUUUCCUUUAUUUUUCAGCACCAGACCUGCCUAAUUCUCACUUGAAACAUCGUUUUUGUGUUUAAUAGGCUAAAUUAAACAUUCUGUUAACAUAUGACCCCAAAAUGAUCUGUUCUUGCAAUUUGUAGCUAUGACAUUUUCAGAUUUGCAUAUGAUAAUUUUUUCACAAAGUAGUUUGAAUGUAGUGAACUACUUUUUUCAGAGUAACUUUAGUUAAGUAAACUAUAUUUUUCUUAAGCUUUAGUGUAGCUUAACUUCUUCCAUUGUGAAGUAAUUGGUAGCUUAGUAAACUAUAUUUUUAGAGUAGCUUCCCUAACACUGCUGACUAUGUAGUGGGUGGUUCCAUGUCAUAUCAGCAAGCCAUGACACCCAUCAUCUCAUAUUGUUCUGACAUCAUUUCUGUAGUUAGAAAAGUAUAAGAUUAGUGUUCCUGCAACAUUAUUUUGUUGAAAUAUAAAUUAAUCUCAGAUAAAUUAAGCUAAUUGAUUGCACUUAAAUUGAUCACUUUUUACUAAUAAUGAGAAAGACAUGAGGACUUCUAAGAAAUGGUCAAAAGUCACCCACGGACCCCCCACACCCCACGCCAAUUCCACAACAGCAACGAGUAUACAUGAUCAGUUCUCUAUGUCUGACAAGUAGUAUGGAGCUGCGGCUAGGAGUAUUGUUUCUUCAUCCUAUGUAAUGUAUUCCCAGAGAAUUUGGUGAUGCUUUUGACCAUUUCUUUGAAUUCCUCAUGUCUAACUCAAUGUUAGAAAAAUGUUUGCUCCAAAUCAGAUAUUAGGUACUAUAUUUAUUGAACAUUAUAUGAAUCCUGUAAAUUAAAACGGCCAAUUUUGGGUGCAAUCAAUUAGCUUAAUUUCUCAGAGAUCAAAUUAUUAUAUUGCAACAAAAUAAUGUUGCAGCAAUGCUAAUCUUAUCUGUUUCUAACAACAUAAACUAUUUCAGAACAAUCUGAGAAGUAAGUGGGUGUCAAAAUCCUCUUUCUUGUGCUUUUUGAGGUGGAAUGACCCUAGUACAAGGCGAGCGCAUCUGCCGCAAGGUGAGGAAAGGUGGGCAGAAUUGAGAGAACAUUUGCUUUACUGUGGGUCCUGGUUGAAGGUUCAGGUUGAAGAUAAAGUGAUGCACUAUGAAUCCAUCUCAGCCAUUGUGAAUGAAAACGUCUGCUUUGAUUUUAGGUAAUUUUUGGUGUGUCCAGAUGUGGUACGCUAUCCCUGAUGCAGUAAAAACAAGCAUAAAAAAUUAAAACGAAAGAAGAAGUAAGCUUUAUCCAACAUCUUUUUGAGUGCGGGCCCAUCACAAUUUCGUGGCCACCGAGGACGGGUGGGGAUUUAAGGUAGUCCAACCCUCUUUCCCCUUUCAUCUAUGGUGUAACCCUGUUAAAAAUAGGUUAAACUGUUUUUAUCACUACUUAUCUACCAGACCUGGUUAUUCUACUAACUAACACACAACAGAGAGCUACUUCUAAAGGUGGGGAUCCAUCAUGAUGUGACUCACUGUCACACAGUGUGUAUUUAAGGGUCCGUCUCUCUAAUUGUUCAGCCUACAGUCUGGGAGCUCAGCUGUAGAACAUCUGCUGCCGCUGCAUCCUAUGAAAACCUCCCUCCUACAAUUUACAGAAUUCCUUAAUGAUGUGUCAGUAGCACACCAAGUCACCCCUGACUGAGCUAACAGACUAGAGAAGCUAUGACACUGAGCUAUACCUCUACCUCUCAGCAGUCUCUGGUAAAAACAAUAAAACCCAGUCUGAAAGCUUUCUGACCAUAUUGUUUUGAAUUAGACUGGUACCUUUUACAACAUUAGAAAUAUGUUGCUGGAGGGUGUCUUGUUUUAGGCCUCCUAAAAAAGCUUUCUGAUUUGUUUAGCCUGUUCUGAAGAUAAUUGGUCAUUGGGAUGCUUUGUGUUUAUGCCGGAUGUAUGGUGGUGGUUAAGGUGGUUUGUGUGUGUGUGUAUGUGUGUGUGUGUGUAUGUCCACAUGGUCUGCCUGAUUGCAUAUUUAGGUUUUGGAUGUGUUUUUUUUUUUUGGGGGGGGGGGGGGGGGGGGGGGUGUCUGCCUGUGUCCCUAUGCAACUGAGUGAAAGGGGUUUGGUGUUUACCCAGUGUGCACACCCCAUACCCCAUGAUUAUGUGCUGCGUGUCUUCUCACAGCAUUUGUGUUUAUGUGUGUCUGUGGGCAUGUGUGUGGGUGUUUGUGUUAAUAUGGAGCAUGUAGUGUGUGUUGCCUGGGGCACAUACAGUAUGUAUGAUGCGUGUGUUCAUGCUCGACACACAGUAGGUCUAUGUGUGUUUUAUGCUAAGUGUGUGUGUGUGUGUGUGUGUGUGUGUGUGUGUGUGUGUGUGUGUGUGUGUGUGCGUGCGUGCGUGCGUGUGUGCAUUUAGCUGUGUGCGUGUUUGCCUUGGGGGCAGCUCCGUAACAGAGUAUAAUGGUACUGUUAGUGUUUGUAAUGUAAUUCUGGCUGUGAGCUUGGCUCGGACUGAGUAGUACAGAGUACAGAAAAACAGUAGAGAUUGAGUUAGGCCUCUGCUACUGGGGUUAGGAGACCCUCAAUGAAGUAAUUACAGACAUGUUUAACUAAUUCUGCCUCUCACAACAGCAACACUGUCCCUCUAUUUUACUAUUUUUCUCGCUCUCUGUCUCACUUUCGCUCCCUCUCUCUUUCUCUGUCUCUUGUUUAUUUCCCUCUUUCUUAACCCCCUCCCAUCUCAAUAUUUCUUUCAUUGCCCCCCCCCCCCCAACCCCCCACCCACCACCCACACGCACACCAUCCCGACACGCACAGAGAGAGCUUGGAGCAGCUGAGUACUCCUGAGUUGAACAGUCUUUCAUGUUGGGGCAGACAGACAAAGAGAGAGAGGCAGUGAGUGACCUGCCAUUAUGCAGGUGUUUUGUUGUUUGACCUGGCUGUGUCCUGUGCCAUCUCACCCCUCCAACGCUUCCUUCUGUCUGCCCAGGUGGCUCUCUAUUGUGACCCUGUUUGAUCUUUAUUGGCAUGCCUGUGUGUGUGUGCGCACAUCUGUGUGCCUGUGUGUUUGUGUGUGCAUGUUCAUGCUAGUGCUCAUGUAUAUGUGUGUGUGUGUGUGUGUGUUUGUGCGUGUGUGCGCGUGCCUGCGUGUGUGUGUGUUGUGUUGUGAUGUGUUGUGGUUGGUCACUAGAGAAGUAGCCCAGUCUGUUUGAAACCAGGGAAGUCACUAGCUGUUUUCCUCAGAAUGGCAGGAUGUCCAUUGAGCUGAGACAGAAACCACAACCAUUCAGAACAACAAGCUCUCUCACUGUCUGUGUGACAGGAAGUCACAGCCUUAGUAUUUAUUUUUCUAUGGAAAAAUGUGUGUGUGUGUGUGUGUGCAUGAGUGUGUAUGUGUGAGUGUGUAUGUGUAAGAAUUCCAAAGACUUCAUCAUUUUCUAUAAAGUGUUGUGUGUUUGCCUGUAUGUGUGUGUGACUUACAGUGGUAGUGUGACUUAAUGUUAAACUGUGUCUUUUCUUAAAAAAGCAUUUAGUUAGAUGACAAUUCCAGUAUCUCAAUGCAGUCCUUUCAAGAGUGAUUUCUGCUGGAGUUGACUAAAGUCAUGUUUGCUUAGUCCCCAAAUCACAGCCCAGUGAAACUGUGUAGGUGUGAGACAAGAAACCAGAGCAGAGCUAGCAUGUUCUCUCAUUUACUGUAUGAGUUAGAAUGAUGCGUCUCACGGGAGGGAGAGAGGAGCACAGAUGGCCAAGGUAAUGAAUCUGCUUACCUUGGAGAAGUAGCUUACUGCACAUCAGCACUGCCAUGUAGUGUGCCUUUGUGUUAAUACUACAAACACACAGAACUUACCUUUUAGGUAGGAAAAUACAAAAAGGGCUUAACAAAUGAAUUCUAUCAAAUAGAAAACAAAUCAAAGUUAUUGUUUAAAACUUUGCAGACUAUUGUUGUAGGAUUAUAUGGUGUUUCUAUCUUUCUAAGCACUCUGCCUUUUGUCCCACAGCUGACCCUUCUGAAGAACCUGACUGUGGCCAAUCAGUGGGCUCUGAAGCUCCCAGCCGGCGAAUCAGUGCACCACAUCAUGACCUUUGACCCCAUGGACAGGAACUACCUGUACCUCAUGACCUCUCACCAU